UGUUUUCUUCUUUCCCCUUUUCUGCAAAAUCCGGCAUUAUUUCCCCCUCUCUGUUCUCUCAAAAUAUGAAUACCAUUUUCUCUCUUCAACUUUAACCCAUCUUUUUUUAUUUUUUCUUUAUCUUUUGAAAUGGUGGAUCUUCCUUACGAUGAUUCCUCCUAUUCCACUCUCCGGGUCGACUCGGACAACAAUAACAGCGCCAGCAACGAUGAACAGCGAGUUUACUUUGUGCCCUUCAGGUGGUGGAAAGAUGCACAGGAUCCAACUUCCAGUGAAUCUGGUUCGAACAGGGGGAUUUUGUAUACCGCAACUCCGGGAACUUCGUUCGCUGGUCCCAUGAAGCUAAUCAACAACAUAUUCAAUUCAGAUCUUGCUUUCAAUUUAAGGAAGGAGGAUGAUGAUUCUUUGCACAAUGGCGAAAAGGGAGAGGUUGGUGUUUCAGGAAGGGACUAUGCAUUGGUUCCCGGUGAAAUGUGGUUGCAAGCUCUUAAAUGGCAUAGUGAUGCUAAGAUUGCAACAAAAGUCGGAAAAAGCUUUUCAGCUGCUGAAGAUGACAUGGCAGAUGUGUAUCCGUUGAUGCUAAGACUUUCUAUUCCACGGGAAACAAAUUCACUGGGAGUAAAAAUUAGCAAAAAGGACAAUGCAGUGGAAUUAUUCAGAAGAGCCUGCAAAAUCUUUAGUAUAGGUUCUGAGCAGUUACACAUUUGGGACUUCUCUGGGCAGACAGCUCUAUACUUUAUGAAUGAUGGAAAUGGAUUUCUCAAAGAUUCCCAACGCCAAUCAGAUCAGGAGAUUCUCCUGGAGUUGCAGGUCUAUGGGUUGUCAGAUUCCAUGAAAUGUAGGGAAGGGAGAAAAGAUGAAAUGUUAGGACAACCUCCUGCAAAUUGCUCUCCUGGUGCUCCAGUCUUGUUAAAUGGUUCCUAUGGCAAUUCAAACUCCAAUUCCGUUGGUACUGCUACAAUAUUAUGUGGAAGAUCUGGAGAAGCUGGUUCUUUGGGAUUGACUGGAUUACAAAAUCUCGGAAACACUUGUUUCAUGAACAGUGCCAUUCAGUGCUUGGUUCAUACACCCAAGGUGGUUGACUAUUUUCUUGGAGAUUAUACUAGAGAAAUAAAUCCUGACAAUCCUUUGGGAAUGAAUGGUGAGAUUGCUUCAGCCUUUGGGGAUCUAUUGAGGAAGUUAUGGGCCCCUGGAGCAACUCCUGUGCCACCAAGAACAUUUAAGUCAAAACUGGCUCGAUUUGCUCCUCAGUUUAGUGGGUUCAAUCAGCAUGAUUCUCAAGAACUUCUUGCAUUUUUGUUGGAUGGACUUCAUGAGGAUCUCAAUCGUGUUAAAAGUAAGCCUUAUGCUGAAGUGAAGGAUAGUGAAGGUCGACCAGAUGAGGAAGUAGCUGAUGAAUAUUGGCAAAAUCACCUUGCUCGCAAUGAUUCUAUCAUUGUUGAUGUGUGCCAGGGUCAAUUUAAAUCAACUUUAGUUUGUCCAGAAUGCAGAAAAGUUUCUGUAACAUUUGAUCCAUUCAUGUACCUGUCACUACCUCUACCAUCAACAACAUCGCGAACAAUGACUGUAACUGUCAUCAGUACUGAUGGAACCCUUCCACCAUUUCCCUUAACAAUUACUGUCCCAAAGAGUGGGAAAUUUGAAGACCUUAUCCAGGCUCUAAGUGUCGCAUGUUCUUUGGGGGCUAAUGAGACCCUUCUGGUGGCAGAGAUAUACAACCACCGAAUUAUACGUUAUCUUGAAGAGCUUGCUGAUUCUUUAUCCUUGAUUAGAGAUGAUGACACACUGGUUGCUUAUCGAUUAAAUAAAGACAUUGAGAGAGCUCCUUUAGUUGUGUUUACUCAUCAGCAGCUGGAAGAGCACUACAUGCUUGGGAAACUGACUUCAAGUUGGAAGACAUUCGGAAUUCCUCUUGUAGCAAGGCUUUCUGAUGUUGUCACUGGAUCUGACAUCCAUGGUCUAUAUCUGAAAUUACUAAAUUCUUUUCAGACACAGGCUGAAGAAGUCUUAGAUGUCCGUGAUAACUCUGAGAGCACUGCAGUUGAAAUUUCUCCAAAGGAUCAUGAUGCAUCAUCUCCAGUUCCAAAUGGAAUUGAAAGGACCCCUGAUGCAAAUGGGGAUUCUGCGCCUUCAGUGGCCGAGUUACAAUUUUACUUAACUGACGAAAAGGGAAUCAAGGAAUCCCAGAUACUAAUGUGUGAAGUGAUACCAGUUGCAGGAGUGUCCCAGAGAUUACAUGUGCUCGCAUCCUGGCCAGAAAAAUACGUUAAAAAGUAUGAUACACAGCUUUUUAGCACUUUACCGCAGAUCUUUAAGUCCUGCUUUUUUGCUAAGAAACCUCAGGAAUCUGUUUCUCUGUAUAAAUGUCUUCAAGCAUUCUUGAUGGAGGAGCCGCUUGGACCAGAAGACAUGUGGUACUGCCCUAGAUGCAAAGAGCACCGUCAAGCGAGUAAAAAGUUGGAUCUUUGGAGAUUUCCUGAGAUUCUGGUUAUUCAUUUAAAACGAUUCUCUUAUAACCGGUUCUUGAAAAACAAGCUGGAGACAUUUGUUGACUUCCCCAUUGACGAUCUUGAUUUGUCAGAUUAUAUUGGCUCUAGGAAUAGCGAGUUAUCUAAUCGUUACAUGCUUUAUGCGGUUAGUAACCACUAUGGAAGCAUGGGAGGUGGUCAUUAUACUGCAUUUGCCCAUCAUGGGGGCGGACAAUGGUACGAGUUUGAUGAUAGCCGUGUUUAUCCCAUCGGCCCGGAUAAGAUAAAGACAUCCGCUGCUUAUCUUCUUUUCUACAGAAGGGUUGUAGAAUAAAAACAUCCAGGUCAUCAUUUACUGAUCAAACGAUUUCAAGCGAGGUAUUAUUUGCCGGUGAAUAUAUCAAACUUCAUGCUGCCUUACAAUAAUCAAAAUCUCAAAAGAGUCUACUUUCAUCUUUGGCACCAUUUAUACCUGAGUUGAUAGUUUUUAGUACUACAAAGGAAGGGGAAUUCUUAUAAUCUUAAGAGUUGAUGCCAUUGAUGACUGUACCAUAGUAGGAAGAAAGAAUGAGAGGGGAGAGUGCUUGAAGAAGGGGAAGGGGAUAUUUUUCUUCUUCUUUUACACCUAAAAUCAUUUGUGAAGUGUCUAUCCUUACUCAUAUUACUAUUAUUUUUUAACC